GAGAGAGAGAAAAAGAGUAGCUUAGCAGCGCGGUCCUAAAUGUGUUUCUCGGAAAUAAGUUCCAUUGAGUUCAAUGGGCCCUUUUUGCUCCCAGAGGAGGAGAGGCUGAUCCAUGCUCAUGAUACUGGCUCAAAAAUCCAGAUGUGCUCACACGUCUAAAAAGGGCAAACCAGGAAACGGAGGAGGAAACUUUAUCAGAUUCAGGACCCAAACAGACGACAGACAGCGGUGCGAUGGCGCAGUUUGUACCCAGACUUUUUUGGCUGGUGGCUGCUGGCCUGGCUGUGAACCUCCGCGUGAGCCAAGCAGGAGUCUCCGUUGUCCGUCUCAACAACCAGGGAGGUCCUAUUUUUGAGGGUAGCAAUGUGACUCUGGAGUGCCUGACAGAUGAAGAAGGGGAGGAUUUAAGUGGAUUCACCUUCCAGAAAUACGGCAAGUGGCUCCACUCUUGGAUCUCUCUCGAUACAGCUAGUGAGCUACGCUGCUGGUUUUAUAGUGUCGCUGUGAGCCGUGAUGAUGGGCGCCUCCUACUGACCAUCAAUGACUUGAAAUCUUGGCACGCUGGAUCCUACCGCUGUAUUGCUUCCAAUGCCACUGGCAACGCCUCUUUCUCUGAUGAGCUGGACCUGCAAAUGGAAUAUCUCCACGGCAUCUUUCUGGCUCGUACAAACACCUGGUGUGCGACAGUAGGGGAUUCUGUCACAGUCCUCGAAGGCAGUGACUUGCAGCUUCGGUGUACGGCUGAUGCUUCACAGACCCCGCUCUACGAGUGGACCCGAGAGGGAGAUGACUGGGUUGUGGUGUCUAGUGACUUAACAUUUGCCAAGGUGAACCGGGAGCAAGCAGGGACCUAUACUUGCCAUGCCCAACAUCCCACCUUGCCCCAGCUGUCCAAAAGCAAGUCAGUCCGCCUGUUUGUGGAGGGAAGCGAGCGUGGAUUUACAUUAGAGUCUGUGCUGUCACUCAGCACCCCAGUGCUGGCCCUGGCUGUAGCUUUGCCUGCUGUGCUGCUUCUGCUGGUGAUCAUGGUCUUUGCCUUCCUAAUUCCCCGGCGUCGGGCAGCUGCCAAGAAGAAAGCAGCUCAGGAAGACUCUGGCCAGCGUACCCCAAUCUACAAAGGCAGCCUGGAGUCUGUGCCUUCUGCUGUUGGGGAUACACAUCCCCUGGUGAUGUAAUAAGGGAACACAGGGUGAAAUGGAUUCCUAUCCACCUUUUCUUUUCACUUUCAAGAUCCAGCUUUUUCUGAAACUACGGGAUGGUGGGGAUGUCAUCAAUGUACAGUGACUGUUUUUGUGUAUAUGUUUGGAGCAUUCGUUGUCUUUAUUUUUUGGGAGGAGGGAGGUUCAAUUAUUGAGACCAAAAAAUUAGGGAAUAAUUAUGUUGGGAUGUUAUGAAUUCCCCCCUGCUUGCUGUUUGCCUGCAGUUCUCCACUUGCCUUUACAAGAUUAAGAGAUCCUCUUCUACUGAUAGGCUGCUUUUUUACCUCUACUUGUCCUUGCAAAUGUUAGCCCUUUCCUAUUCAGAUUAAUGUUACCUUGGAAAGUGUUUUUACUUACAGUCAACUGGUGAGUUCAAGGCACAGGGCCCCUACACAAGGGCUCUGCUUUGCAGAAUUUAAAAUAAAUAAACUUUGUCUCUUCCCACUAGAAUUUAUCCACUAUUGUCCAUCUGCCCUUAGCAGAAAAGGAAAAUUGGCAGUAAAGGGGAGGGAGGGGGGAAUUAUUCUAACGAUCCCAUCCAGGAUAGGAACAUACCUUUUUAUUAAUGGAGGAUUAGCCAUGUCUAAAAUCAUCUAGAAGCAGAGAGGGGCUUCCCUCCUCCCAUUCUGCUAUCAGCCCUCAUCCUACUGUCUUAAGGGGCAUCAUCUUCCACUGAAUUUUAGCUCUUUCUGCAGCAGACACUGGAUUUCUAACUGAUGCUGCAAAAAGCAGGGCCAAAUAAUUAGUAGCCGUUUGUUGAGUUUCCCCAUUUGUGGAGAGGGGGAGUCUGCUCCCUGUUUGAAAAUACAUCCGGUUUUGGUUUUCUUGGGUUCUUUCUUUAAUGCCUUCCUAGCACUCGGCCUUUGCUGCAGCCCUGCACCAAAAUGCAGAGCCCUAUUGCUGGAGUUCUGUGCUAGCUCUGAGACCAGGAAGCAGCAAUAUGCCUUGGAAUGUCAGUUGUGCUUUGCUAUUAUUUGCAUGCUAACACGUGGGGUGGUGGUGUAAGGAGGAGUGAGUGUAUAUCAUGCUUGUCUCUGCGGCAUGCAGUUGAAAUGUUCUCCCAUCCAGCACUCCCUUUCAUCAAAAUAAAAAAUAACAAAAUCUUACAA